AUGGCUCGUACAAAGCAAACCGCAAGGAAAUCCACCGGAGGAAAAGCACCGAGGAAGCAACUCGCGACGAAAGCGGCGAGGAAAUCAGCUCCGGCGACCGGAGGAGUGAAGAAGCCACACAGAUUCCGUCCCGGAACCGUUGCGCUAAGAGAAAUCAGGAAGUAUCAGAAGAGCACCGAGCUUCUGAUCCGCAAGCUUCCGUUCCAGAGAUUGGUUCGUGAGAUCGCUCAGGAUUUCAAAACCGAUCUGCGUUUCCAGAGCAGCGCCGUUGCAGCACUCCAAGAGGCAGCCGAAGCUUAUCUCGUUGGAUUGUUCGAAGAUACUAACCUUUGCGCGAUUCAUGCGAAGAGGGUCACGAUCAUGCCUAAGGAUAUUCAGUUGGCGAGGAGAAUCAGAGGAGAGAGAGCUUAA